AUGGCCGAGGAGCUCCGAAUAAACAUUGACAAGGAAUGGCUGCAGUGUGCGGGUGGCAGAAAUAUUGACAAGGAUAGGUUGCAGUAUGCGGGUGGCAGAAAUAUUGACAAGGAAUGGUUGCAGUAUGCGGGUGGCAGAAACAUUGACAAGGAAUGGUUGCAGUAUGCGGGUAGCAGAAACAUUGACAAGGAUAGGUUGCAGUAUGCGGAUGGCAGAAAUAUUGACAAGGAAAGGUUGCAGUAUGUGGGUGGCAGAAAUAUUGACAAGGAAUGGUUGCAGUAUGCGGGUGGCAGAAACAUUGACAAGGAAUGGUUGCAGUAUGCGGGUAGCAGAAACAUUGACAAGGAUAGGUUGCAGUAUGCGGAUGACAGAAAUAUUGACAAGGAAAGGUUGCAGUAUGUGGGUGGCAGAAAUAUUGACAAGGAAUGGUUGCAGUAUGCGGGUGGCAGAAACAUUGACAAAGAAUGGUUGCAGUAUGCGGGUGGCAGAAACAUUGACAAGGAAUGUUUUGUGUGCGGGAUUGCAAUAAGAUGA